AUGCAUACCCCCGUCGUCGUUCUUUUUAUCGCCACACUCUCUACCGUAGGCGCGCAAUAUAGCGCGACCUAUCUACCUGAUACCGCACCCGACACUCAGUAUUCGAUGUGCCAGAAUGUCUACAUCAAUGGCGUCGAUGAUUUCUGCCUAUGGGCCCCGCCCACAGCAGGCGCCGAUUCUACAAUUGGAAAUACAGAGCGUAUCGAAGUCUCUUGGUGCCUCAAGGACGGCUACGGUACACGUCUCAUUCCCAAUGGUACUAUUACAGGCGCACAUUUCGUUCAGACGCCCGACUUUGUCCAAGUUACUGGAACGGGUGAUUUGACUAAGCUUAAUAUCCCCGCUGGCGAUGCUGGUGGAGAGCUCGAUCCUCAUGGCAACCCAAUUGGCGGUUUGGUGUUCUCUACUGCUUUCGGGAAGCUCGAACAGGUGUUUGAAUGGACGAAUUUUAUGGCUGCUGACCAAUUCUGCCUCAGAGCUUGCAAUCCUGCCGGGAGCAUGGCGCCUACAUGGUGUCAACAUAUCUACGACGAGAUGGGAUGUGCAUGGAACAUGCCCGCCAACUACGACGCUGGUGUAUUCGAGUCAUGUCAGGGUGACAGCGGACAGCCUAUGGGUGUCUACGGCACCGCAGCGUUCCACCAAGGUGACGCUUCUACGCCCGUUGCUCAUCCUGUACCGUCUUCCUCGCAAUGUACGACUUUUUCUGCUAUUGGAGGCGGGAGUGCAGUAUUGACUGGUGUAUCUACCACCACGACUGCGACAAGCUCUGGGACUUCUACGGCGACGUCGACCAGUUCAAGUGCGACGAGUACCGGAGAGGGUGUAAUGAGUACCGGAACAAGUACUAGCGGAAGCUCUUCUUCGCGUACCGGGACCACCACGCGGGGUGCUUCCAGUGCUGGUGCUUCGUCUACAGGAUCUGCUGCUGCUGCCAGCUCGGCAGGUAGAUCCAGUAGCACCUCAAAUGGAGGUGCUGUUACGUUCGGGCAGUCCUGGUUUGCUGUCCUUGGUGCGAUCAUGGGCGGCCUGGCUGUGCUCUAG